AUGGAGCUGAACAUGGUGAGGUGCUGUAGCAAGAGUCUACUCCUGGCUGUCUUCUCCUCUGUGCUGCUAUUCCAUCUUUGCAGCAGGGCAGAAGCAGCAAGUUACUUUGACUGCUGUCUACAGUAUACAAAGUUUCCCCUGCCUCCUAAGGCUAUUGUGGGCUUCACACAGCAGCUAGCCGAUGAAGCUUGUGACAUCAAUGCCAUCAUCUUUCAUACAAAAAGGAGAUUAUUGGUGUGUGCAGAUCCAAAGCAGCCUUGGGUGAAGAGGGUGGUCCAUACCCUCAGCCAAAGAGUCAAGAAGAUGUGA